AUGUCGUCGGGAAAUCUCUACCUGUCACAGAAUGUGAUGUCAUCGGACUCGGCUUUUGACAACUAUGAUGUUCCACAGAGUUUCUCUAGCCAUUCUUCACGGACGCCAUCAGUAUCCUCAAAUUACACAUUGAAGCUACCACGUUUUCCAAGCUCAAGCUCAGACAGUGAUUUCUAUGACAACAGUUCAGACUGGACUCCCUAUCAGCCAAGCCAUCACCCUGCCACUGCAAAUAUUGCCACCAGCUCAAAUUCAAUCCUUCAUACAACAAACCCAGUAACUAACAGCCAGAUAAAUGCAUGGUCGAGCCCCGACAUGCCCCAAUACAACAGUAGCACAUCGCUGCAGUUUCAGAUUGAGCAGUUGAAGAUGCGGUUAAACAAGACUACUCUGCAACUUCAUGAAGCAAGUGCAACAAAUAGAAGUCUGAACUUCUUCAAAUCGUCAAAUCACACGUCUCUAAUGGUACCACCAGUGAACAAGGAGCUACAAGUCAACCAGCAAACAGCACUGGUGAUCCAUACCCCGAACCUAGCCAACUGGACCAUAAAGAUCCUCGCUACAAGCAUGUCAAGUUUUGGCGAAACUCAUGUCGAAGUCAAUUCAGAAAGCAGUGACGAGGACAACACGGACAUUAACGAGGAUGAUCCCAAGACUGCUGCGGCACUUUGUCUGAAGACCAAAGGCAAUGUUCAUGCCAGCCAAGGUAUCAAUGUGGCUAUGCGAUAUAUCUGUGACAUCAAUGGCAACAUAAUCGAUGGACAUCGGGCUUCCACAAUUCAUAGCAAAGCAUGCAAAAUCUGGAAUGAGCUGCAACAGAGAGAUCUAGCACCAGCUGUUUGGGGUGACCUCAGUACCUUGGCAAAAAGCUAUUUCCUGCAUCAUAUGUAUCAGAGUUUCUCAGAGCUCUCAUUCUGCGAAGGUCACUGGAAAGUGCUGUGGAUUGCUACAAACAACUACUCACAAUGGCAUAGCAAAGCCCUCAAGAAGCAGAAGGCUACUAGUCGCUCAGGACAGGAUCAUUCUGCACAUGGACACCACCACCAUUCUUCAAAGAAUAUCGGAAAACAUGUCAUCUCACUGGCAGAUCGUGAAGAAAGUGCACUUGAAUCAGCUCUGAAGAGAGUUCGGACUGAGUCUUCCACCCACCAUGAUGGCGAACGUCUGAGUAUGGAACUUGAUGAUGUUGAGGAUUGCCAUGGAUCUCAGGGAGAUCUUUCUUCUAGGUACCAACACUGCAAGGAGCCUUCAACACCACAAUUAAACCCAGGCACAAUCUGGCAACUAUCACCGCAACCAUCGACUGAGCUGUCAGUACACCCGCAUAGACCUGUCAAUGAAAAUCCCAAGCCCGAUUCUACGAACGAGGACACUAACCAACCAAACUCGGAUCUCAAUGACUAUCCCCCACCAGAACAAACUAAUAGCACUAACUCGGAUCUCGAUGGCUAUGACCCACAGGAAUCUGGGCCUGAGCUGCCUAGUUCCUCAGUCAUCAAUAUGGCAUCCUUGAAGACAAUGCUGAUAUCACAUAAAUCCUUUGUAAGCAUUCAGUUCUACAUGCUCAGAGAUGGUGAUGCUAACAUUGGUAUUGCACACCUUAGAUACUGUCAUCGCAACUCCGAGUCUCAAAGCUCCAAGCCAUUUCAGGAACCGCCUUGUCCACCAUCAGUAAUGCCAAUGGAACCUGUUGCAAAUCCUGGAACUGACACAUUGGACUCACAGGCACUCAGGAAGAAAAAAUCAGAUGGGCCAACAGCACGAGCACUAUGCAAAGAAGAUUGGAUGAAGCAGAACUCUGCUGGCAACUGGAAAACCGAGUUCCAGCCAUACUGGAAGUCCCUUACGAUGUUGCAAUCAGCAGAAUACCGAGUUGAUGCAUCAGCGGCAGCAAAAGCAGCUAAAGAACAGGUGUAUAUUAGCCUAUAA